CCUUGUCUGCAAAAUCCUAGCUAUUUAAACAAAGCAGCAAAUCAUCGCUUUCUCUCUCUAUCUCUUGCUUAUCCAUGGCUUCCACUUCGCUGCUGCAAUCAACCUCCACUUCCUUUGCCGGCGUCAGACUUCCAUGCCGGAGCUCCGGCGCUUCUCGCGUCGGUAUUUCGUCGUUAAGUGUUAAAGCGUCGGCAGGAACGGCGGUUUUCGUCGACAAAUCCGAAGCAGAAACAGUUAGUCGUCUGAAAACUUCUUAUCUCGAGAAAAUCGUUCCUCUUCUUAAGGAGGAGUUCGCUUACACCAACAUUCUUGAGGUUCCCAAGAUUGAGAAGAUAGUAGUGAAUUGUGGAAUUGGGGAAGCUUCACAAAAUGCAAAGGGUUUGGAUGCUGCAAUAAAUGAGUUGGCACUGAUUACUGGGCAAAGGCCCGUAAAGACUAAAGCCAAAACUUCCAUUGCAGGUUUUAAGGUCAGAGAAGGUAUGACGCUUGGGAUUGCGGUCACACUUCGAGGAAAUGUUAUGUAUUCAUUUUUGGACCGUCUUAUCAACUUGGCACUUCCUCGAACAAGGGAUUUCCAAGGUGUAAACCCAAAUAGCUUUGACGGGCAUGGAAAUUACAGCAUUGGAUUUCGCGACCAAAGUGUGUUUCCCGAGAUUAAACCUGAGCUUGUUGGCAAGGCUAGGGGAAUGGAUGUUUGCAUAACAACCACAGCAAAAACGGAUAAGGAAGCCUACAAGUUGCUGGCCCUUAUGGGAAUGCCGUUUAGAGAGGGUAGUGGGCCGUCUACUGUUGUGCGCAAGAAGAAGUUGAAGUCUCACCACUUUGACUCGAGGUCAAGGACGAGGAAAUACUAAGUAGAGAGAAAUUGCUGUUAGUCCUGAACAUUCUUUUUUCUUUUUCUUUUUCUUUUUGCAUUUUCCAUGUACCUACUGUAUUUGGUCUUUUGGCAUGCCAUGUAACAAAUUGUAACUUUGUAUGAACAGCGAAAUUAGCUUGUGCUAUGCUAUCAAUCUAUCCUCAACGGAGUGUUCAUUUUUGGGUACUGAAA